UUUUUUCCCCUUCAUUGUAGAAUCAAUUCUUGUCAUUUAUUUUUUUCUCUCUCCCUCUCUCAUUUUCUCUCCAUCUCCUCCUUCAUAUUCUCCGUCUUCUGCUAAUUAAGGAAACAAAAAUGGUGGAUCCUGAAAGAAGAGUGUGUUGCAUGUGUGGUGAUGUGGGUUUCUUCGACAAGCUCUUUCAUUGCAGCAAGUGCCUUAAUCGCUUUCAACACUCGUACUGUAGUAGCUAUUACAGAGAGCAAGCUGAUCCAAUCAAGAUCUGUGAUUGGUGUCAGUGUGAAGCAAAGAGUCGAAGCGGAGCGAAACACGGUGUUAAUGGUGGAUCGUCUAAGAGAUCGUACCGGUCGGAAUACUCUUCAGGCAACCAAAUCAAACAGCAAGAGACUAACCAAACCACUAGUAGUAGUGUUCCUCCAGCAGCCGACAAGGGUAAAUCCGGCGUGCCUUCUCCUAGACCGGCCACUCGCAGGUACAAGCUUCUCAAGGAUGUUAUGUGUUAGUCUUGUGUUCUUGAAAUAACAAAAAAACAAAAAGAAAAGUUUGAGAUAUGGAGAGUUAAUUAGGAUCUGGGAUAAUAAGACACAUGUAUGUAAGAUAUAUAUAUAACUAGCUAGGGUUAUGGUAGCUAGAAGUUGUUAUGGUUUAAGAAGCAAUGUAAUUUACCUGCGGAGUUUAUGUCUUUAGAUGUGCUGCUAGCGAUCGAGUGAGUGUUUGAAAUAAAUUAAGUAUGUUUUUAUAACGACAGAAAUCUUAUAUGUUUUCGUUGAAUGAUUGAUUAUAUUGUCUUGUGCAUUAGUAAA